AUGGCUUCAGAGGCGGAACUAAUAAAAGAGGAGCAUGAGAAGAAGUUGCAUGAGCUCUUUUACCUUUUCUCGAAUCCCUUGCAGUCGCUAGAUGACUUUCAAAGCCAUCUUAAGGAUGGUGCUGCUAUCCAGUUUCUUCGUGACAAUGACAUCAAGAAGAACGCAUCCGUCGUUUUCAAAUCGCUUCCUGGGGUUUCCAAUUACGAGAACCUCAGACGCGAGAUGACGAAUGCAAUACAGGCGGAAUUGUAUGGUGCUGAUGAACGAAGGAAGAGAAGCGCUGAAGAUUCUGAAUCCGCAAAUUAUCUGAAAGCACACAAAUCCCAUACAUCAGAUUAUCCAAGCAGAUUAAUGCCUGCUUCUCAAAAAGAAAAGCCUACUAAAUCUGGUGUUACCUCUAUCAUGUCUCAGAUCGAGGUUUUGGAGGCAGAAACAAACCGCUUUCUUGACACGAGCAUUAACGAUUUAGAAAUAUUAUCUUUACCCGAACACUAUCCAACAGAUGUUCACAACGUCUCCUCAUUAGCGGAGCUUUAUUACCUCACGCAGACACUACCCCUUAUCAAGCUUUUACCUGGUUCCCACAAGGCUCUUAUGACAGAAAACUUUGAGCUGGCGUUACUUGAGGGAAAGAUUGCAGUACUCUAUUCGCGUAUUGAGGAACUAAAACGCCAGAAGAAAUGGUCCUUGCGCCAACCAUCAAGAUAUUAUGAUCCAUUUUUAUAUUCGAAAAAGAAUAAGAAAACCAAGCAACAUCAUUGGGAUAUACUUCUUGAGGAAGCAAAGUGGAUGGCAACUGAUUUCAACGAGUCUGGAAAGUUUAAGAAGGCAUGCUGUUUUGAGUUAGCGCAGGCGGUCCAAGAUUAUUGGUCCUACGGUAAAGUAAUGUGCAUCAAGAGAAAACCCAUUGUCCAUCUCGAUGAACGCACUGAACAUCAACAAUCCGAGUCCAACAAUAUAAUGAAGAAGGAGCCUACGCCUUCAAUAGUAGAACCAGAACUCAAAAGUCAAGUUCCAGAAAUUCCUGACCAAGAUGCAGGGAAGCCAGCUGAAGCGGAAGACGUUUCUAUGGAAGAAGAAGAAGAUGAAGAAGAAGAAGAAGACGAAGACGACGAAGACGAAGAAGUAGAAGAGGAAGGGGAAGAUGAUGAUGAAGCAGACGAAGAAGAAGAAGUAGAGAAUAUUGAAGAAGAGCCCUCCAUUGAUAUCAGCAAACUACUCGAGCGUCCUAGACCAGAGGAUGAAAUCAUCCCCCCGGAGCUUCCAUCGUACACGCCUGAAGAAGUGCCAAAGCGCAGUCCUUUCAAAACACACAUUUCGCUCAAGGACCUCAAGAAGAUUGACCAAUCCAUUAUUCUCAAUUUGCCUAAAUUUACCGCAUUUGACAAUGAAAGCCAACCUUCAUUUAAACCAGGGGAAAAUUCAAUUGUUCCCGUCUCCCGCAUGCUUCACCCAUUUGACGAUGAUGACGACUGGCACAAGAUUGUUCUCAAACGGACGACGCCCGAACAGGGACAAGAUGGCCCACCUGCCUUUCAGAAGGGUCUAUUUGGAAUGCAGUCGCAUAGGAGGUUCAACUUUCUUCGUCCACCAAAGCCUCCCAAUAUCAAAAAUAUCCGUUACCGAUCACCCACCAUAUGGCUUCCUCAAGAUGAUAAGCAUUUGAUUCACUACGUGGCAGAAUACUGUUUCAAUUGGGAUUUGAUUGCAGCAAGUCUUCGCCCCGUUUCCACAAUGCGCAGCUAUGAAUCCAACAUCGAGCGCCGUACGCCGUGGCAAUGUUUUGAGCGUUAUAUUCAACUCAACGAGAAGUUUCAGUUUUCUGAUAUGAAGGGCCACCAUGCCUAUCAAGCACAGCAAUGGCUUGAGCAUGCACACAAGGCACAACUGACUACGAAGAGACGUAUUUCGCCUCUUGGAGUUGGCGCUGAAUCGAUCCAACGCGGUCACCGCCGUUUACGUUGGGCCUCCAUGUUUGAUGCCAUGCGUAAGGCUAUGCGCAGACGUGAGACUUCAGCUGCAAAGGCAAGCCGUCGUAGCACAACAAGUGACUUCGGGCCGGGGGCAGCGGGAUCCAAGCGAACUGGCGACCGCACUCCUACACCAGCCGAACUUUCCAAGCUCAAGUUUGAUCGAGACAAAACUAUUCAAGAAGCAUACAUGAAUCAGCAAGCGACUCGGUCUCGUAUGAUGGCAGCAGUGAAACCUGAACAGCGUGCUUCUAAGCCAGGAAGCAUCAAGCGCCCCACAACCCCUAACGGUACACCGUACACUGUGGAACAAAUCCAGCAACUUCUCCAGCUCCAGAAACAAAGACGUAUGAUGCAACAGAAGCCUUUCACUGCGGGUCCUACAGGAAGUAGCAAUGGAGUAGGCGGAGCGGGAGGGCUUUCUAUUGGUCCAGGCACCGGAUCUGCUGCUCAGCCUGCAGCAACGUCUUCUUUGGGUGUUCCAGGCUCUGUUUCUAACUCUGCUCCUGGGUCCGUUCCUGGCUCUGUUUCUGGAUCUCUCCCUGGGGCUCUUUCAGGACCCAUUCCUGGUAGUGCAGCUGCAGGGAAUCAGAGCUCAGCAUCUGCCCCUGUCCCUGGCUCAGGUCCGUUGUCUGCAGCUAAACGUCCCAAGGGCCGCAUCCAAUUUGCGCCUGCACAGGUCUCAGCCAUAAUCAACUCUAUUCAGCAAAAGAACCCAAACUUGUCGAAGGAGCAGGUCACUAAACUUGCUGCGUCGUAUUUGGCUAACUUGCAGCAGCAACAAAACCGCCUUGACCGCCCGCAGCUGGCAGUUCAACAGAAUGUUCAGGCACGGCAGAUGCUGCUCCAACGCCAAAAGCCAAAGGACGAUCAACAGUCACUUUCUAAGAUGCACUAUGAGGAACGUAAAAAGUUGAUGAUGCAGGGACAACUGCAACCUCAGUUUCCCCCUUCAUCGACUACAAGACGUCCAAGCCCAGGCGGCAGGGCGUCCCCAUAUGCGGGUCAGAGCAGGGUAACCAAGGACACAUGA